AUGCCGCACACACUAAUUGGCAAAGUUGAUGCAGAAGAGAAAAGGAAUUACCUAGAGACUAAAACCUGCACCUGCAGGCCCAAGAAUCCAAGGCCUAAUUUCAAAGAUCACUUUUAUGUCAAGGACUCCUCCAAAUUUAUCUUCAGACUCGAGGUCUCAGUGGUUUUACUCCCACAGUCUCUACUGUCUGCUCGAAUCCAGAAACUCAGAUGUCCACCAGCACCUAGGCUUCAGCCAGAACGUCCUGCCGUCAAUCGUGAGGACUGUAAUGAGGCCAUUAUUGAUGCAAAAUGUUUAGAUAAUGCUUAUAAGCUUUCUUUAAAUGCAACCAUAGAAAAUGUCAGCUGCUUAAAAUUCAAGGAGGCGGCGGCGGCGGCCCCGGGAGUGGCAGAGUCUCCGGCCCGGCCCAGAGUGAACGAGCAGUGGGGCUCCAGGGCGCAUCCCAAUCCCCGCAGCGCCUCCUCCGCCGCCGCCGCCUCCUCCUCUUCCCCUCCUCCUGGCUUCAUUCACCCUCCCAGCAGCCGCGCAGCCGUUCACUCCCGGCUCAGGGCAGCGCCUGCCGCGGCUCCUCGGCUCCUGCCGCGGGUGCUGGCGGGGGCGCCGGCCCGGACUGGGGCGCUCGCGGGCUCCCGGCUCCGGGCGGCGGCUGCCGCUGCACAUGAUCAGGAAGCGGCCGCACCAACAGGGCGGCGGUGGCGGCGGCGGCCAGGGCCGCCACCGCCACUCCAGCCGCUCUCCAGGCACCCGCACACCCGCUACCCCUGCGCGGUCCCCGAGGCCACCCCUCCGCGCCCCCUGCCUGGCACCCGGCCGCGCGCAAAGUCCCGGCCAGGCUGCAGGAGCAGUCCCUUCCCCGCCCGCAGCCGCACACCCGGCGACGCCGGCCCUCCGAGAGGAGACCCCCACCCCGGGGCGCCGAGGCCAGGCGACCACCCGCGGGGAAGUCCAGCCCUCCCCGAGACCCCCUCUCUCUCACCGCCCUCUCCGGGGAGGAGGAAUGGGAAGAGGGCGGCCGGGAAAGGGACCACCCCCCCACCCCGGCCGCCGCCACCUCCCCCCUGCGCCACCCGGAGGGAGGAGGACAUAGCUCUCCGCACUCGCGACCGGACCAGCAGCCGGGGGGAGCGGGGCCCCGCCGCCGCUCUCCCCGCCCGCGCCCCCCGCCCGGGCGCGCCCCCUAGCCUGGCGGGCGCCCACCCAGCCCCUGACAGCCCCCUCGCCGGCCGCCCCUGCGCCCACAGUGGGGGUGUCGGCCCGGGAGCCUGGAGCCGGGGACGGUUGUAUGUACACACACGCACACACACACACACACGCACACACACAGAACACGACGCGUCGAUUUCCUUCGCUCCUCUUCCAGCUGUUUUCCGUGCAGCCGAUUGGGGUUUUGGGUUUGUUUGCUGGUUGUUGCUUUUGCCCCUCUCGGGAGAUCGGGUCCGGAAAUCGGCUUUGAUAUGGAACUACUCCGCUCUAGCCUGGAAAGGAGACCCGCGCACUCCUCUCGCAGCUAAUUUGGGAUCAUUAAUUUAAUCGGAAAUGAGGUAACCAGUGUAGGAGACAGAGAAAGCAACCGGAGCAUCAAAUGGCAGUUCUGGACAAUCGACGAGGAACUUAAAUCCGGACUCAGGGUUUCAGUGCGGUCCCCGACUCCCACCACCCGGCCCUUCCGCCUGUCCCGCCGCCAGGUGUGACCUCCACGCGAAGGAAUCUUCUGCGGAUGGGUGCACCUUGCCAACAGGUGUGGCACCUGGAGGAUUAAGAGGCGCCUCCAGACUAAGGGCGCUCAAUGUGGUGUUCUUGUUGCAGAUGAUUCUGGAAGGCCAGUAGGUGUCGGGAGACAUUUGACCUUCUUCAGGUGCUUAGAACUAAGUGUCUGGAAACAUGAUCCCUUCGCGUAAGUUUUUUUCUGAAAGACACCGCUCCUGACUGUAAGCUGUAUUUGAGAGACCUAUUGGCUGAGUUUACUUAAGACCUAACGGUUAGUCACCAACUGAGGCAGGGCACAGGAUGACCAAAAAAAAAAUGUGUCAGUUUUUACACAACUCUGGCCUGCAAGAGUCUACGUGCUUCAUAAAUAAAAAUACAUCCGAGCGAGGAAGGUGCAGAGCCCCGGAAAUAUUUUUUCUCACGUUUUUGAAGUACCGUGCACAUAUACGUGGCUAUUUAAAUGUAACUACUACUGUUCACUGUUAUUCAUUUCUACAACUUUCUUUUUUCCAUUUAAAAAUCGAUUAUUGUUACGGUUUAAACCUCGGGUUGGUCUAAAGUGACAUUGUUGGUCUCAUUACAGCCUCUAGUGGACAGUUAACAUCGGUUUCCUGAAAAGGCUCUGACUGAUUUUAUUUUCGUUGACAAGCUUGGCCAAGGUGAAGGUUAGUACGUAAGAGCAUAAUCGGGUAAAAUGUCCCCCUACCCCUAACCUCACCCCUGCCCCCAACACCCUACUUGGCAAAGACGACUUCAGAAAGGAGCAGUGGCUUGUUGGCUUUGUAUAGAAAAGACGUAUGCUUUGUGCUGCAGGUAUUAUUAUUACUGGACUGUGAAUAAACAGAAAGCUUCUGCUAUUCAUUUCAGUUUCAGACAGCUUUCAUAAAAACUAAAUUCAUCUCAAAUAUUUUUAUAACAGAAAAUAUUGGUUGCCAUGUUUUUGGCUUAACUGCGAUGUUUUUAUUCCAACUCAUAAUCUGCAAACUGUCCAAUCCACCUCCACUCUAUUUUUAGACAUCUUACAUUUAGAUAAUUUUCAGUUAAAAAAAGCUAAUAUUGUCAUUAUUAUGUUGGCACAAGCAGUUAAUUUAUGUGAUUUUAGCAACCUUGAAUUAAAACACAUAAUUCAGAUUAGAGUUAGUCAAUUAAUUUAAAUGUUCUCUCAAGGAAGCUAAAUAUGUAUAUUACCCAAAUGGUAAAAACAACUAAUAAGAAAUGUGUCAUUUACUUUCUUAGCCAUUAAGAUUAAAGCCAUAAACUGCCACCAAAAUCUGUAACUAUUUCUUCCUGCAAGAUCCAACAUAAACACCAUACUCAUGAAACAGUCUCAUUACCUUUAGUACUGAAAUAUUUUGUUUUCAGAUGGCAAAAUAUUAAAUGUACAAUCGCAAAUAACAGGCACUGAUUCUUUAGAAACAAGACUUUCUCGUGCAAAUAAAAACUCAAUGAAAAAGGGCAGCGCUUCCAAGAAGCUAGUAGGCAAAUAUAUAGUACUACAGUCCUACUCAUAAGGCUGAUGUUAUAUUUGUAAAAGCAUAAGUCGACCUUUGAAACUACAGGAAAUCGAUAAAUAAGGCCUGAUGAGCUUGACUCAUAUCCUGUGUCAUAGAUUGCUUAAAUACCAUGAAAACUAAUUGCAAUCACAUAUCUAUUUUACUGUUUUGGUGGUAUCUACUCUUAAAGGUUUUAAAUGGGCCAGCAAGUAUAUAUUAUAUAAUGACAUAUUACAUCCUUACUUCUUAAAGUGUAGUCUUCGAAGUAGCCGCAGCAGCACUUGGGAGCUAUUUAGACAUUCAGAGGCAAGGGUUCUACCCCAGACAUACCAAAUCAGAAUCUGACUUUGAACCAGGCCCCAAGGUAUUCCUAAACACAUUACCAUGUGAAGAACACUGGUCUAUACCACAGGGAUCAACCUAAAUAAAUGCGGGCACAGGUGCAGAAGUUAAUUCCUCUAUUUAUUUCUUUUUUGCUCCUUUUUAGUAAAUACAGCCCUUUAUUAAUUUGUGCUCUUCAAUGAAAAAUUACUACGUUAUAUGCUUUGGAUAAAUACUACUGCAUUUUAAGUGCACACAUCUGCAUCAUUAUUGCCAAAAGAGAAUGCUCUGCUGAGGAAUGUACUGGGGUCUUGAACAUGAACAUUUUCUUCAUGGCAGCAGAGGGAGCACAAGAGUGCUUAAUAAAACCAAUGCACAGGUCUCUCCAAAUCAUGACAGAUUUUAAAUUGUAGUAUAUGUUUUUAUUGGAAGUAGCCCAUUACGUAGUUCAAAAUGAAGCAAAUCAACCAAGCAAACACAAAUAGGCUUACCAGGUCAUAGUAACUAUGUAAUUGAACAGAUUAAAAGUUGAAUAAAACAAAGAUAAAGUUCUUUAGAGUUUUAGGCUUGAAUUCUUAAAAGGAAGUGGACCUCAGAAGUGAAAAAGAUGCUUUAGCUUUGCUCAAAAACAAAGAUAACACAACACAGAAUCAGGCAACCCUAAGAUGCCUUAGCUUUACUCAAAAACAAAGAUAACACAACACAGAAUCAGGCAACCCUAAGAGUAGCUCCUGUUUAUCUAAACACAGAGUCAGUUCACUGGACCCUGCAUCAGGUAAGUUAAUUUCAUUUGUUGUCAUACAUGUUAGUUAAGGUCCAUGCAUCUUUCACUGUGUUUACAUUCAGAAUAAUUUUAGGGGUUUGUCCUUAAUACUUGCAGUGGUGAGGAUUUAGGUUUCAGUUAUACCUAUGUAGUAUUUCAUACUUUUCACUACUCUUCCAUAUUGCAUCCUCAAAACCUCCAUUGAAGCAGAUAAGAUACUUGGUAAAAGUCAAGUAUCAAAAAAGUUAUGGAACCAGGUCGUGCUUUCAUAACACUGAGUCAUUGAAUUGUUUCAGUAAUGCUUUGAGGUGUUCAUUAACGAGGGAAAUUAUACAAACUAAAGAUCCAGAGCAUUUUUUAUAGUUUUAAAGGUUUUUCAAAGUUAUUCUUAGUUAAUAUGUUUAUUAUUUAUUUACAAGCAGUCAUUUAUUCUGCAUCUACAAUAACUAAGACCUAAGAAUAUAAAAUUGAGUAAGACAUCUUAGAAGCAGAACAGAUCUUACCUUUGGAAAACUGUUAAUUUUUACCAGGAUGAAACACAAAGAUUCAUAGUUGAUCGAUCCAGCACCCGCCAGAAUCAUAGCAGUCAGACUUCCAAAUAUGAGAAGCAAACACUAGAAUCAUUAAAAAUUUGAGAGGCAGGGGGUGACAAUUGUACAACUCUUGAGCAAAAGUUGGCUUAUAAGCUAAUAUUAAUAUUUCAAAUUUGUACGACAAACAAAUGUGAAGAUAUAAUGCGUAUUUUAUUUGAAUGUCGUCCCUAUCACAAAAUCACAUGAGUCUGUUGAGUUGGUAAACAUUUAUUUAUUUUUAUCUUUUCUAAAAUGCUAAAAAGAAUUUUUCUCCCACACUAAAGAGGGUUUGCCAAGUUUCUGCCUGGAGCAAUUUGUUAUGGCUGUGUAAUAAAUCCCAGAAAGUUUGAAUUUUUAAUGGAAACACUGACAGAAUAAAGAGGGUGUAAUCCUACAUAUGUCAUUUAAAAAUCUGAGCAAACCAUAGUGUGCUUGCAAAACAAAUAUACUUUCCUUAGAUUGCACUGACAAAUAAGGCUGGGGAGACCAGAAAAGUAAAACAAACUCAAAACAAAAGUGAAAAACACUCACACAAUAGACUCUGAGGUCAGCUCACCACACCCAGACUAAAGUCACUGGGCUCUGUGCGUGGCACCAAGACUCUUAAAAGACCUACUUCUGAAUCAUCUUUCUUGACCCUACACCAAACUGUAGCAAGACAAGCUUCCUAGGAAUGAAAAUGACCUUACCAUUAGUCAAGAGUGAAAUUAAAGUCAUUUUACUCAAACAUCUGCCAACAGACUAUGAUUUCAUAGUACUCACCUCUGAAAUAAGACUCUGUCUACAAUUAAAAACAAAGAAAAAAAGGUACUUUAGGUCUUCACUAUCCACUAUGUCUAUUGAGCACUGGAAAUGUGUGAUUAGUACAAAUUAACAUGUGCUGUGUGAAAUAUU